CUGCUUAAUCUGCAAAAAUGUCUGACAAACCAGAUAUGGCUGAGAUUCAGAAAUUUGAUAAGUCUAAAUUGAAGAAGACAGAAACACAAGAGAAAAACCCACUGCCUUCAAAAGAAACAAUUGAACAAGAGAAGCAAGCUCGUGAAUCAUAA